AAAGGCUGCUGGGAAAUUUUUGAAACAGGAAGCAACGUGAGCCGAUAAACAAGUCGACAUCUAGCAGGAUUGGAAGGUUUGCGGGUGGAAUAACGUUAGCAACGUUAACCCGGAAGAUUCCCACAACUGCAAGACGUCUUCGAACAUGGAGGACAUAAGCACCGUGAUGUCCUGGUUCUCCAGCCCCAUGUACAGCCGCUACUGGCAGCACUACCAGCAGGCCAUGGCCUGGCACCAGAGACACAGGCGAGCCUACCGGAAGGCCUUGGAGGCUGCCUACGGCCCCACGUACAGCCAGGGGCGGAGUCCCGGCAGCCAGCGGCAGCGCUACGCGGACUGGAACGCAGGGGAGGACGACGACGACGGAGAGGACGGAGAGGACGGGGACGAGGAGAGCAGCUCGGACAGUGAGAUCGAGUGCGACAUCAGCAACAUGGAGAUCAGCGAGGAGCUUCGGCAGUACUUCGCCCAGACAGAGAAACACAAAGAGGAGCUGAAGAAGCAGCAGCAGAUGGAGGCCGAGCAGCACGACAGCUACGUGCCGGCCGACCAGGACCUCCGCGGCGUCUCCUGGCGAAGCAGCGCGGCUCCUCCCUCGGACCGACCCGGCGAGAGACGCGGGGCGGAGAUGAAGAAGCUCUAUGGCAAGGACGCCGCCAAGAUGCUGGCCAUGGAGGCAGCGAUGCAGCUCAAUUUCGACAGAAACUGCGACCUCAAACAGCCCAAGUACUGGCCUGUUAUCCCACUGAAACUGUGACGGCUGUAAACUGUUUGAUUUGGAGGAGAUCCCUUCUCCGAUCUCUCGGUGUGACAGCGGCUUUGCCGUGGAAUGGACUGUGGCUGUCGCUGAUGUGGAACUAAUGGUGUGGGUUAGCUGAGGGCUACAAGUUAUUUUAAGCACAAAUAAAGUUGCAUGAAUUAGCUGAGCUUCUGCUUAGCCAGGCGCGAGUGUCACUGACCUGUCAGCUGCUGCUCUAAAUGAAAACUUGUGA